AUGAGCAGGAACAACGGCAAGGUCGGGUCGAAGCUGCAGGAGCUGCGGCUGAGCCUGUCGCGGUCGUCGCGCGGGGGCGCGGCCGGGGGCUCGUCGGGGGCGACGACCCACCACCACGGCGUCGGCGGGGGCUCGCCGAGGAGGCUGUCGUCGUCGUCCUCCUCGACCGCUUCUCCCCCGAGCUCGUGCGUGUCGUCGGAGGGGAGCCCCGAGGCGGGAGCAGGCGCCGGCGCGCCGAUGAUCCUGGCGGGGUGCCCCCGGUGCAUGAUGUACGUGAUGCUGUCGCGGGAGGACCCCCGGUGCCCCAAGUGCCACAGCACCGUGCUCCUCGACUUCAACGACGCCCCCAACGACCCGCGCCACGCCGGCGCCAAGGGCAAGGGCGGCAAGCGAGGCUGA